AGGCGCUCUGCGAACGCCCGCUGAGCUGGGUCUCACUGCUGGGUGCGCGACGGCGGAGAGCGAGGCCUGGUGAGCACCGGCGCUGGCCGGCUGUUGGAGCUUGUGCGCGGGAGAGGUACGGCGGGCCGGCAAGCGAGCGAGCGCCUCACCCCAGCAUCGGCACCGGGAUCGGUUGCCUUGAGCCUGAAAUCAUGACUACCCCAGGAAAAGAGAACUUUCGCUUGAAAAGUUAUAAAAAUAAGUCCCUGAAUCCUGAUGAGAUGCGCAGAAGGAGGGAGGAAGAGGGAUUGCAGUUACGCAAGCAGAAAAGAGAAGAGCAGUUAUUCAAGCGAAGAAAUGUUGCUACAGCAGAGGAAGAAACAGAAGAAGAAGUUAUGUCAGAUGGAGGCUUCCAUGAGGCUCAGAUUAAUAACAUGGAGAUGGCACCAGGUGGUGUUAUUACUUCUGACAUGAUUGAAAUGAUAUUUUCCAAUAGUCCAGAGCAACAGCUUUCAGCAACACAGAAAUUCAGAAAAUUGCUUUCAAAAGAACCUAAUCCUCCUAUUGAUGAAGUCAUCAGCACACCAGGAGUAGUGGCCAGGUUUGUGGAGUUCCUCAAACGAAAAGAGAACUGUACACUGCAGUUUGAAUCAGCUUGGGUAUUGACAAAUAUUGCUUCAGGAAAUUCUCUUCAGACGCGGAUUGUAAUUCAGGCAGGAGCUGUGCCUAUCUUCAUAGAGUUGCUCAGCUCAGAGUUUGAAGAUGUCCAGGAGCAGGCAGUCUGGGCUCUUGGCAACAUUGCUGGAGAUAGUACCAUGUGCAGGGACUAUGUCUUAGACUGCAAUAUUCUUCCCCCUCUUCUACAGUUAUUUUCAAAGCAAAACCGCCUGACCAUGACCCGGAAUGCAGUAUGGGCUUUGUCUAAUCUCUGUAGAGGGAAAAGUCCACCUCCAGAAUUUGCAAAGGUUUCCCCCUGUCUGAAUGUGCUUUCCUGGCUAUUAUUUGUCAGUGACACUGAUGUACUGGCUGAUGCCUGCUGGGCCCUCUCAUAUCUAUCGGAUGGACCUAAUGAUAAAAUCCAAGCCGUCAUUGAUGCUGGAGUAUGUAGGAGACUUGUGGAGCUGUUGAUGCAUAAUGAUUAUAAGGUGGUUUCUCCUGCUUUGCGGGCUGUGGGAAACAUUGUCACAGGUGAUGAUAUUCAGACGCAGGUAAUUUUGAAUUGCUCAGCUCUGCAGAGUUUAUUGCAUUUGCUGAGUAGCCCAAAGGAAUCUAUCAAAAAGGAAGCAUGUUGGACAAUAUCUAAUAUCACAGCUGGAAAUAGAGCACAGAUUCAGACUGUGAUAGAUGCCAACAUUUUUCCAGCCCUCAUUAGUAUAUUACAGACUGCUGAGUUUCGGACAAGGAAAGAAGCAGCUUGGGCCAUCACAAAUGCAACUUCUGGAGGAUCAGCUGAACAGAUCAAGUACCUCGUAGAACUUGGUUGUAUCAAGCCACUUUGUGAUCUCCUCACGGUCAUGGACUCUAAGAUUGUACAGGUUGCCCUGAAUGGCUUGGAAAAUAUCCUGAGGCUUGGAGAACAAGAAGCCAAAAGGAACGGCACUGGCAUUAACCCUUACUGUGCUUUGAUUGAAGAAGCAUAUGGUCUGGAUAAAAUUGAGUUCUUACAGAGUCAUGAAAACCAGGAGAUCUACCAGAAGGCCUUUGAUCUUAUCGAGCAUUACUUUGGGACCGAGGAUGAGGACAGCAGCAUUGCGCCCCAGGUUGACCUUAGUCAGCAGCAGUACAUCUUCCAGCAGUGUGAGGCUCCUAUGGAAGGUUUCCAGCUUUGAAGCAAUACUCUGCUUUCAUGUUCCUGUGUCAGACCAGGCUACCCAGUCAAGUCCUCUUGUGGAGCCUACAGUCCUCAUGGAGCUAACUUCUCAAAUGUUUUCCAUAAUACUGUUUGCGCUCAUUUGCUUGCCUUGCGCACCUGCUCUCUUACACACAUCUGGAAAACCUCUGGCUCUCUGUGGUGGAAUACCCUUCUAAUAAAAAGGGUAACCAGAACGGCCCACUCUCACGGAAAAUCCCUAGGCUUUGGAGAUCCGCACUUAUAUAUUAUAAGAGUCAUGGGAUUAUACACAUAUUAAUGUGGCUCCCUGUCUUUGUGGGGGAAAAAGAGGACUCCUCCUCAUUCCCUUUAAAGUGGGGAAAAACACUGAUAUUAAAAGAUGAGACUAAACCUUUAUCUUGAAUUUCACACAACUACUUGCAACAAGGGGAGAUGUUUAGACCUGUUGUGUACACUUCAGAGUACUUCUCGUGAGUUCUUCCACAGUGAACCCUUGGAUUACCUGGUGGCUUUUCUAGCCAAAUUUGCAUUAAUCCUUACUGAGACUGGAUGGUUUUCUUUCCUCUAUUGGCGCCAUUCUUCACAGAUAUUAAAGUUAAACCAUCCGCUCCCUCACCUUCAGCCUUCAGUGAAUGUGCUUUCUAGUUGUCAGGAAUGCUGAAGAAUUAACACUUUGACUCUUAAAUGUGAUACUGGUUUGAAGAUUCCCUUAGAGCAGAAAGGAGAGGGGCACAUUAAUUUGUAUGGCUAUUGCUUCUCUUUGGUCUUAUGUGUCUUAAGAUUUGGAAGUGGUUCAGUUUUAAUUCUGGUAUGAAGAUUUAGAAUCCUUAGUAAUCAAAACAAUAUCCUGUAAUUCAGUAAAAAGGUAAAAAAACAAAAACAAAAACAAAAAAUCCCUCCAAUUUCCCCAGACUCAACCAGUGUGACUAGAGGCUGUGUUUCUGCAUUAAAACAAAUGUUUCAGGCUUUGUGGUCCUGAUUAAGGUCCUCAUUAAAUUGGAGUUCACCCUAGGUGCUUUUCCCCACUGUGACUGGCAGAUAACACAUACUUUUAAAGGUUAGUUAGGGAAACCUUUUUUCAUAGCCCAGUGCAGCUUGAUUCUAAUGUAUUCAUGCUACACACAUGAUCCUUUUAAUGUAGCAUCCUUUCUUAAACAAAUAAACAUCUUCUCAACAUGACCUGUUCAACCCAAAUAAGGGCAGGGAUUUUUUUUUUUUUUUAAAUAACCUCAUUGUUCCCUAAUCAUUUCAUCUACUAGCACUGCCCAGUGAAGUUGCCCCAUAAAAUGAAAAGUUUCUACCUUCUGGCUCAUUUAAUGAUAACUGCAAUGUAUCUGCAAAUGGCGCUUCCAGUACUGUCUUCAGUGAUCCACAUUUGUGCUUGGACUGGAAUGAAAAUAUAAGCUUAAUUGCCAAGAGAACUGCAACUGAGUUCAAUACGACUUCUUGGUGCUAGUUGGCCAUCUUGGCUCAAUGUUGGGACACACUAUCAGAGAAGAUUUUUUUGUUGAUAUGCUGUUCAAAAUGAAUUCUGAAGGAAAAGUUGCUCACUUCUGUUUCAGAGAAAUAUCCUUUUAAGCCUCUUUAAUCUUGUCCUCUUCUAGAAUUCAUUAUAACCCCAAAAUGUAACUCUUUGGAAGUUCCCCUGACAGGUUAUUAAGCAUCUCUGGUAAAUCCUGCUGAAUGUUAGGGAUAUUCAGAGCUUUCAUACCUCAUCAUGUUGUUAUUUAAACAGCCAACUUAGGUGACCUGAUUUAAACUUUAAAAAAGUCCACUUCAUUCAAAGUAGAAAGAUACAAAGACAAAGCACGUUUAUCAGCCAAGUGUGUGACGCAUUCUUCGCAUCUAGUCUGUAGUUGUGUCUGUGCUCUGGAUGGAUACCGUCUGCCUGUUACUGAUGGAGCAGCCACUGCAAAACUAGUCAACUCCCAUCUAUAACUUUUUCUAGUGCUGCUUUGUGCUGAAAGGACAUUUUAGUUUACUGCACUUGACCUGUAAAAGACUUUGAUUCUUUGUAAUUUUAGGGACAAAUUAGGUGGUUAAUUUAAAGAAAGACUUUAAAUUUUGCCUUUACAUCACAUUAAAAUAUAACUUCUUUCAGAAGGGUAAUAGAAGCACUGAUUCAUAGUAAAAAUCUUGUUUUUAGCUUUGAUUUUUCUUGUGGCUGAGUUUUUUUAACCUGUACAUCACUGGUAACACAUCAUUUCUCUAGGAUGUUUUAAAUUAUGUACCUUCUGCUGGAUAAUUUUAAAAAUUCAUUUUUGGUAAACCAAUUUGAAUGGAAAAAGGAUAAAGCACACCAAGUUGUUUCCCUGGGUUAGUAAGAAGAGUGUACAUCGGGAGUUUUGCAUUUGCAGGUGUCUCAGUGAAUGCAUUAAAGUCCAUUUAACUAUU